AUGACGGGCCGUAAUCACCGGCCGCGCAAGAUCGUCUUGUGCUUUGAUGGAACGGGCAACAAGUUCCAGGGCGAUGACUCGGAUAGCAAUAUCCUCAAGAUUUACAGGAUGCUGGAUAGGACGGCUGAUGACCAGUACCACUAUUACCAACCUGGCAUCGGCACCUAUGUCGUCUCCACCAGCCUCACCCGCACCAGCGCCGUCUCCCGGCUGCGCUCAUGGUACCUAAAGUCCAAAGACUCGGCCAUCGGCACCUCCUUCGACCAGCACGUCGUGGGCGGCUACCGCUUCCUCAUGCGCUUCUACCGCACCAACGACGAGAUCUACAUCUUUGGCUUUUCACGCGGCGCCUACGUCGCUCGCUUCCUGGCCGAGAUGCUCGACUACAUCGGCCUGCUCUCGCACGGCAACGAGGAGAUGGUGCGGUUCGCCUGGAAGGCCUUCUCCAACUGGCAAGUCCGUCGCGCCGACGACUCGCCCGAGGGCGCGCAGAAGAAGAAGAAGAUGUACGAGUUCCUCAAGGGCUUCCGCGAGACCUUCUCAAGACCCGUCAGGAGGAUCCAGUUCCUGGGUCUGUUUGAUACCGUCAACAGCGUGCCGACGUUUGAGUCGGCGUGGAUGGAGAGGAGCAAGUUUCCCUACACAGCAAGAACGUCGGCCAAGGUGGUCAGACAUGCGGUGAGUAUCGAUGAGCGGAGAGCAAAGUUCAGGCAGGACUUGAUCUACCAGAGCGCGCACAAAAAGUGUUCCAAGGGUCGCAAUCCGGCGAGGGAAAAGUUGCAUGAGUUUCACGAGAAUCUGAAGUAUCGAGGCCGAGGUCAUCACCCGCACGCUGCCGCUGCUGCUGAGGGUGCUGGUGGAACGAACCGUGGCAGAAAAUCUAACCCGCUUGCGGUGCCUGAGCAGGAGCCAGCUCCUUACCGCACGCGUUCGCACUCGGUCCGGUCUCGAAGGACCAACAGAUCCGGAGUAUCCGGGCGGGGCGGUCCCAAUCACGACGCUCAUUCCGAGGUCUCUGUCGGUCCUCACCCCGAAACCGACGAUGACGGGGAAGACUUCGAGUCAUCGGAGGACGAGCACGAGCAAGACAUUGACGAGGUGUGGUUCUCCGGCGGACAUGCCGACAUUGGCGGCGGAUGGAGUGUCGAAGAGGGCCAAAAGCCUGCAUCGCACAUCCCCUUGUGCUGGAUGGUCCGCGAAGCCAUGCGCGCCGGUCUGCACUUUGACCCCGACAAGAUCCAGGACAUGGGCUGCGUCGACUUGAUGGAUGAGAUGGGCAUCGAACACGGCCCCGACACCACUGCCGCUCAAAAAGACCACCUCAAAUCUGAACACCUCGGAGGGGGGUCAGCAGCGACCGACGGCAACGGAGUCGCCAAAUCCUGCACAUGCUCCAAAACAGGUCCCCAACAACAAGUCGACCGCAACACCAUCCCCAACAUCACCGUCCGCAGUCCUAGCACCCCUCGAAUCUUCCAGCAAUCCUCCUGGAAAUUCGACUCCUUCCCCUCCUUCAAGGACAAGAGCGGCAACAAGUCCGACAAGUCCGGUGACAAACCAACAAGCUCCACCACUGGAAAAGACAAGGAAACGACCCCCGACGCCAUCACCAACAUGAACUGCCCUUCCAGUCCAACCACCGUCGAAAACGGCAGCCUCAACUCUCCCACCAGCAGCAGCAAGAACAGUGGCACCUCCACAUCUUCUUCUUCUUCGUCUUCUUCAUCAUCUUCAUCAUCAUCCUCAUCAGACUCCGGAGGAUCCUGCCCCCUGCACAACCCCCCCUGGUCCUUCAAAGACAUGAUCCACGCCUGCCACACGGCGCGCAUCCACGACUCCCUAUCGUUCGACUGCGGCCUCAGCUUCGGCUCCGUCCUCGCCUGGAAAAUGAUGGAAUACCUCCCCUUCCGCCGGCUCGACUUGAACGAAGACGGCAGCUGGAAACCGAUCCGCUGGCCUUUGCCGUGCGGCGAGGUGCGCGAUAUCCCCGACAACGCACGCGUGCACGGGAGUGUGAUUAAGCGGAUGCAAAUGUGCGAGACGUAUAGGCCGGGCAAUCUGAUUAUUGGUGGGGGUGGACGGGGUGUGAGGGUUGCUGGGAAGGAGUACGGGAUUGGCGAGUGGGUUUGUGUCAAGGAGGAAGGAGAUCCGGUUGGGGAGGUGUGGAUGAAGAAGAGCGCGCUGGAGAAGGCGGCGAGGGAGGCGGCUGGGUUGGGAAGUGACAGUGAUAAGGAGAAGGAUAAGGAGAAGGAUAAAAAGAAGAAGGGGGAGGGAGAGGGAAAGAAAGAUGGAGGAAAAAAGAAGGAGAAGGAGAAGGGAAAGAAGGAGAAAAAGGAGAAAAUGGUGAAAGAGAAAAAGGAGAAAAAAGAGAAAAGGGGAAAGAAGUAG